AUGUCCAAGCCUUCCAGGAGCCCCCAGGCCUUGAACCUGCUCAGUCGCCAGCGUUGGCUGUCCCACUGUAAAACCACAGGUGCUCUGAAGCGCACCUCUAAAACUUUGUGGGUUAUUUUUAAAGAAACAAGAGAAACACUUUGUAACUUUGGCUAUUCUCAUGGUGAAGACACCGGACAGGCAAUGUCCUGGGGCAGAUCUUUGGCAAAUUCCUCUCCCAACUUCUCCCGAGUUUGCCCUCGCCAGAGUCAGAGCCAGCUGUCUGGGGAGGGGGGCGUUUCUGACCAUUUCUCUCUACUGCACAACUUCUCCUUUGGGGAUCAUGACAAUAAACUGGGUUUCGGAAAUUAUGCCCACUUUUGUGUUAAUAAAAGCAACAGGACUAAAAACAAAACAAAGGCAGUUGGCUUGUCAGGCACGAAUGCUGCCAGGACAGAAUGUGGGCUCGGAUUGGCCUCCAGUUCAGUGCGUGGUGCUUGGUGA